GUUCGUAACGUUGUACAUUUGAUAAUGAACGUUAUUCGGGUUGAAAAAACUCUGGCGUCUGCGAGAGGUCGUGAAGUAGGGAGAGGACGAGGAAGAGGUCGAGGUAGAGGUCGAGAUGGAACGAUCAUCCCAAAUAAUAAUCAAAUCGUCAAAGUUUUACCAAAAUACGAUUUUACCGGAUUUCGACAACCUCUGGUUAACUUUGCUCCGUCGUCAAGUACUACAAGUACAUUCGUCACACCAAAAAACUCUCGAGCCAAAAAUGCAACGACCUCUUCGUCCUCUUUUCGAAAGAGUGCUCCACGACGACGUGGUCAAGGAUCCGGUGGUCAAAUUUCACCACACAGCGUUUCGAGCGAAGCGGAACACUGCAUUAUUCUCGCAAUCACUUCCGGUCGUGGCGAUGCACGCGGUGAAGUUGGAAUGGCAGCGGUCGAUGUGCAGUAUCCUCACAUGAUACUUUGUCAAAUAAGCGACUAUAAUACCUACAUCAAUACUUUAACAAAGAUACACGCAUUUAACCCUGUCGAGAUCAUAAUGCCGGAUACCAUGUGCGAAAGGAGUAUUUUCGGGAACAGCCUUCAUCGAGCAAUCAAGGAAAAAUUCAGUUCGAUUCCCGUAACGUCGAUCCCACGAAUCCACUUUCACGAUAAUUCAGGAAUGGAUAGAAUACAGACUCAUUGCGCGGAAGAAUAUUCUAGCGUCGAGCUCGUCGUAAAACAGAAGUACUAUGCACUGGCAGCAGCUGCGGCACUUUUCAAAUACAUUGAAUACAUUCAGCAUAUCAACUAUGCUCCAAAAUCAAUGCACAUUGAGUUUCAAGGAUUACAAAAUACGACGAUGAUAGAUAUCGAGAGUGCCCAGAGUCUGGAGUUGGUGACAUCGCAAGGCGGAAUACGGACGUUUAGUCUUUUGAAUGCACUCGAUCACUGCUCAACCCCAAUGGGGCGCCGUUUGAUUCGGGCUUCGAUACUUCAGCCACCCUGCGAGUUGGAGCUCAUAAAAAGUCGUCAGACAUGCGUCACCGAAUUCGUUUCGAAUCGACCCUUUGCUCACGUUGUUCGGCCAGUUGUGAAAAAAUUGUACGGCGCGAGUCGAUUACUGAGCUUGGCAAUGCUCACUUCUCAAGCUGACAAUGUUACGUCCGCUGAAAAAAAUCUCAACUACAUUCUACUUCUGAAAAAUAUUAUUGAUACCAUACCCGAGCUUCGUUCCGUAAUAUCGAAUGGACAGGCACUUUUUUUUCAAAAAGUUGCUACGAAUUUGCAAGAUCAUCGUUACGAGUUGAUAAAAGAAAAAAUUUUGAGCAUUGUUCAUCCGGAGGCACGGUCAGUACUGGGAUACACGUCGUCGAACAUGCAACGUUGUUUCGCCAUCCGUUCCGGGUUGAACGACAUGCUUGACCUCGCACGUCAAACUUAUUGCGAGUUGAUCGAUGAUAUGCAGAAGUUGGUAGAACAAUUAUCGCAGCGUUACAAUCUGCGAUUAUCAUUGGGCUGCAACGCAAAUCUCGGAUAUCACAUCGAAUUGGAAGUGCCACGGUCUCAGAAAAUCAAAAUAGACGAGCUUCCGGAAGAAUUGAUCGAAGUUCACCAGCAGAAAAAUAUUUUGUAUAUGACCACAGAGUACCUCAUGGUGCUGAAUCAACAUUGUCAGGAUGCGUGUGAGGAAUUGCACAUAAUGAGCAACGUUUUGCUUUACGAAACAAUGAGGGGCGUGAGGGAUCACAUCGGAUGUUUGUUUAAACUCAGCGACGACAUCGGUGAGCUUGAUUUGCUUUUAUCUUUCGCUCAAAUCAGUUCAUUGAACGGUUACGUUCUUCCAACGUUUGGAAAGCGAUUGGAACUUCGUGAAUCGAGACAUCCGAUAAUGGAUAUUUCGAGCUCUGAGAGCCCUGUACCGAACGACGUCGUGGCUACAACAUCGUACAACUUUCACACGAUAAUCGGGCCAAACAUGAGCGGAAAAUCCGUUUACCUCAAGCAAAUCGUGCUUCUGCAAAUUAUGGCACAAAUGGGUUGCUGCGUUCCAGCCAAAGAAGCCCAUUUUCGUAUCACCGAUCACAUAUUCUGCAGAAUGUGUCCACGCGAUGACAUCGAAUUGACCACCUCCGUGUUUGUUCGCGAGAUCAAAGAGUCUCAAUACAUUUUACAAUCUAUAACACCAACUUCUCUGGUCAUCCUCGACGAGCUUUGUUGCAGUACCACUUUCGAAGAAGGCACUUCGUUGGCUUGGUCGAUAUGCGAGAAACUUCUUCAUUCCUCCGCCUUUACUUUCAACGUUACUCAUUUUUAUUACCUCACGCGAUUGGCCGAGCUUAAUCACAACGUGAAAAACCAUUAUAUCGAAACUCAAAUCAUUUUGUCGCAGGCUCGUGACUCCAGAAUGAUUUACUCUCAUAAGCUGAAAUCAGGAAUCUUCGCGACGUGGAACUACGGAAUCGCCCUAGCUCGCUCGACCGGCUUGCCUCAAAGCAUCAUCUCCGAUGCGAAUGUCUAUGCUAAUGAAAUUGCGAAAAGUAUCAAGCCUUCGGAAACCGAGGAUCCUGUGGAAUCUUGGAAAAAAACGUUCUACGAUUGCCUCGCCGAAAUGAAGGAUUAUUUGGAAAAAGAUGAAUUCACCGUUCACAAUAUUGUUGAACUUUUCAAUAAAUACAAAAUUCCCAGCGUUUUGUGGCAGAUGAAAACUUCCAGAAAAGUAGAAACUACUGAAGUACGAGAAACGACGAGUUCGAUGCAAAUUCGUCCGGACCUGGUUAACGAGGAAAAAAUUGUUGAGGCUCCCAAUCUUUCAAGGAAAGUGAAUAAAUCUGCAGAGAUGCUAAUCACCGAAAAAGAAGAAAGUACGAAGUCGGGACAAUUUUGCCGAAAUGACAAUGAGGAAAGGAUCAUUGAGAAAGAAUUAUCUAAAAGAGAGUCGACCACCAGUCUAUAUUCGCAUAUUGACUUAAAAAAGCCGAAAAUCCUUCCUACAGAAAAGUUUUUCAGCACUUCACUAUCUUCAUUCGUUUCAAAGGAAAAUACAAGGAAAAACAGUCUGGUCAGCUUGAAUGAAACGCAAGAAAUUCCGAUUGAUUUCGAAGGCGGACCGUUCAAUAAUCAUUUUAAUUCUCGAAUUCCGGAUGAUAACGAACAUUAUCUUGAUACUCAAAGCGUUUCGAUUUCAAGUCCAGAUUUUAAAAAUUUGCCAGGAACGAGUCGAAAACAUGACGAAUUUUUGGCUGACAGUGAUUUUUCCCAAGCCUCCUCGAUUUCAACUUAUAUCGCAAAAUUAAAUGCGCGUCAUAAAGAAGCUGAUAUUUUCAAAGAAAUAGAGGGAAGCGAUUUUGACGAAGAAGCUUUUUUUCGUUCAAUGGAGUCGUCUGACGAUGAUUUUAUGAUUGUUGACGAUAUCAUUCAGGAUAAAGUAGGACUCCACGUGCCAUAUUUCGCGCCCCGUUUUCUCAUUGCACUGGAACGUACAAUGCGUAGCGAUAACAGCACGUUCACGCUCCACGCCAGUCCUCACCCUACGCCCGCCGGGCGCAAACUAAACUAUUACGGAAUGAAACGACACGAUGAAUUGAAAGAUGUUGUGCUAAACGACGAAAAACUUACUGCAUCAAAACUCAAGCAGCUGACCCAGCAGUUGUCAAUCAAUACUAAUUCGUCAGAACUGUUGUCCAUGCUGUGUGAAAUCGGAUCAGAAAUUCAUGGGCAAUGGUACGCUCUUUACAAGAUUACAGUUAUCUUGAAGUAUUUGUGUGAAAGAAAUCCUGUACAGUUAUUGAAUGUGUUACUGCAGUAUCAAGAUUUUCUAAAAUCAUUGAGAAACUGCACUAGCAUAAACGAUUUUGGAAAUGAUAGUGGGAUCAAUGUUCGAAUCAACACAGAACAAUUAUUGGAUUUCCUUGCACAGGAAAAUAAAUCAGGAGAUAAAGCCGAUCAUGAGGCAGUUUGGUUGCUCAACAACAAUUCCAACUCUACGAUGGAGCAAUUGCUCCAAACUCUCGACUCAAUCACGAGCAUAAACAGUGAAAAAACAUUGAAUAAAUUGAGAAGCGAUGUAGAUCAUUUGAACAAAAAUCUCCCAGGGCCUGUGACAUUUGAAAAGUACACAGGUUUGGACAAAAAUCCACAAAUCGAUGCACUGGUUUAUGGCAAGCUCGUCGAAAAGAUUGUUGAUAUUUUUGACAAUAAUUUCCCAAUGAUCGACAACAAACUGGAUCCAAUUAUUGAAAAUUUUAUUGUCGUCGCAGGUUCCACAUUCUUGAUAUUUCACGAAAUCCUCAUUACACUGACAGAUGCUUUGAAAACAUCUGAAAAUGCAAAAGUUACAAACUCUUUGGUACUUUUGUUGGAAAAGUUAAUAAAGAGCGAGUCUCUGUUUUCUUCAAUAAUUGACAUUUGCAAAAGGAACAAUCAAUCACCAAUGGAGCAUGAGGAACUGGAGAGCAAGUGGAAAAAAAUUCUUCAAUUAUUUGUUUCGUUACCAACGAGGAUAGCGAACAAACUCAAUGGAAAAGUUCCAAAUACUUUUUUGCCCGAGACUUAUGCAAAAAUCUUGUGUUUUCAUAUUGCAAAAUCUGUGCAGUUUUUCAACUCGAGUUUCGUUGAUCUCGGCACUGCGCCCGACAUUAAGCCGAUUUCAAUGCUUAUAAGCAAAGCCUUCAUAACUUUGGGCUCACGGAAAUUCGAAAUUUUGAUCGACAUUUUCUCUCAGUGGUGUUCGGACAAUUCUAAUGGCACCAAAAUUCUGAUUCAGAACAUUUUGAGCCACGUAGAUCGUUCCGCUAUGGAACCCAUCGCAGUUUUGUUCCUCAAACGAAGCGAUCCUGCUUUUGGAAUCGAACGAGCUUUUGGAAAUUUGCUAACGAUUCCUCACUGGAAUCACGUGUUCACAAUGAAAAUUCCUCUCAUGGCUCAUUAUGAGAAUGAAAAUUUAGUGUUCAAUUUAAUUGAUUAUUUAUCAAAAAAGACAGGACAGGAAAGAAUUUUACCAAAUCUCGUUAUAAAAUUAUUGGAUAUUUGGAGCGAUAGAAGCGCCUUGAAUCACACAUCAUUCGAGCAUCACGAAUAUAUCACAAAACUAAUUAUCAUCUCAGUGAAAAAGGCAAAAGAAAUUUUAACUAAAAAUGAAAAAGACGAGGUCAAAAGAUUAUUGUUUUCUGGAACUUCGGUUCAUCUAGAAUCGACUCAGAGCGAAGUGAGAGCAAUUGGAAUGAUAACAGGCGAAAUUGUUAUCGAGAUUUUGAGUGAAUCAGAGGACGAGCCAAAAUUGAAGUACGAUUACGAGGGAAUGCCUGAGAAAUCGCGGGAAAUCGUUAAAAAUCUACAAAAGCUCAAAAACGUUGAUGAUCAACAAAAGAACCCUUCAGACAAGAAGAACGCUUCCUUCACCAAUGAAGAAACGUUCCAAAAUUUGGGAGAAAAAAAAAUGUACGAGUUGGCGAUUGAUUGUGGGUUCGUGUCGACAAAGUCCAUCAAAUCGAGCGAUUUAUCGAAAAAUAUGGUGGACUCAACAACCACAAAAGAAAUUUUCGAUUCUCCCCCUAUUAAUCAGGAUUCAGAAGAGGAUUCAGACGACAAUUUGGACAGCGACGACGAGCUCGUGCCCUACGACAUGUCCAACGAUGCCCCAAUUUCCAACAAGCUUCGUCCAACGUAUUUGAGAGAUUUGAAAGAGAAUUUGUUGAACGCUCAAUCGGAGAGCGAUCCGAAUAUAUUUGCUGAAUCAAUGAGAGUCGCUGAAGAUCUGAUUUUAUCGCAAUUGCCGAACGAUGAUUCCAACUUUGCGAUCGAACUGCUCGAAAUCCUGGUGACAUUGAGAGAAAUCAGUUACAUGGAAGAUUUCGAAAUAUCAAAAUACAAAGCUUGCAUCGCUAUUGUUAUAGUAUUUCCAAAAGAAUCAGCCAAGUAUUUGUGCAACGAAUUUCACACAAAAAUCUGUCAAUAUUCGAUCAAAGAUAGAUUAUUUAUUCUCGAUAUUUUGGGCCAAGCAGCACAAAAAUUAUCAAAAAUCGAAACGAGAAAAAAUUCACCAGUUAAAACGAUAGAAUCGAGAAAACCAGUAAAGGCGAAUCUUUCCAAACGAAUUUCUCUCGCUAUCGAUACUUCCAACAGUAAAAAAUACGAAACUCUUUACGACAACGACUUCGAAGUGUUGCCGGAUCUAAAAAAACCUUCAAACUGGCAAGAAAUUGUUAGCAGAAGAAUCGAGUCGAACACACGACGUUUCGCUCAUCCCUCGAAAUUGCCUGCCACAACAAUGAACAAGUUCAACGACGUUGUAGCCUCGUUUUUUUAUCCGCUGUUGUACGGUUUCCGACGAGAGGGAACUUGCAUGUACAAAACACCAAAAACUUUUGAGGAUCAGGAAAACAUUCUUUUGGUCAAUUAUCUCAAAACUUUAUCAAAAAUCAUGAUAGCCGCAGAAAAUUGUAAUCUUGCACCAAAAAUGGGAAAAGAAAUGAUGGAACUCGCUUGGUCUUUGAGGUAUCACAAUCAAGCCAAAGUUCGACUUUGUAUCAUAGAAAAUAUCGCCUCAGUUGUGAUAACAUUGCCGAAGGAAGGGCUCACAGGGGAGAUGAUGGAAUUGAUAUUCGAAUUCCGUGCCUGGUUGUCUGACGUUUCGGCCGAUGGGGUCAGAGGUGAUCCGGAUUCUGAGUGUAGAAGCCUUGGCAAAAAUGUCGUUGCUCUCAUCGACUCCAUCUUCUAUUCGACUCUACAAGAAUUUUCUACUUAAAACGUGUAAAAUCCUAAUUUGUAAUAUUAAAAUAUGUAAAUAGAUUUUUUUUUUUUACGCGAAUAUCUGUGAUUUACUAAAUAAAAUGCUUUCAAUAA